UUCAAGAAGCCAGCUACAUUCGCCGACUGUGGCGACCACGAACUUCCGUUCGGCUGGGAAAAGGUGCGUGACGUACACGGUGACGUCGGUGUUUACUACGUCAACCAUCACAAAAAAACGACCCAGAUUGAAGAUCCGAGAAUACAGUGGAAGAGAGAGCAGGAAAGGAUGCUCAGAGAAUACCUGGAGAAUGCG